AAAAAAAAAAAGUUGACAGUAAAAGGCGGCGACAAUUCUGAACGUUUUCUCUACUAUUAUACCUUGGCGCAGAAAUUUUGCUGUUCCUCAGCACAGGUUUACUUAAGAAACAAAAUAUAUUUGGAAAUCUUUAAAUCACAAAAGCCAAGGAUGCCUGGACGAACAAAGGCGCAGGACGAUGCUUCGUCUCACGACGCUGAUAUGCAAGACGUCCCACCCUCUGCCCAGGAAGAGAUUAGCCAGGAUGCCGAAAUGAGAGAAGAUGCUGAGGCUGAGGAGGAGGAAGAGGAAGAAAUUGAAACUCAGAGAGUGCGAAUUCUUCCUGGCUCAACGGACACUGCGGCUUCGUUUGAAUUCACAGAUGAGGGGCACACAUUGGGCAAUGCCCUUAGAUAUAUCAUCAUGAAAAACCCCGACGUGGAAUUCUGCGCCUACUCAAUUCCUCAUCCAUCUGAGCCCAAGAUGAACAUCAGAAUACAGACAUAUGACGGAACGGCUGUGAAUGCCCUGAAGAAGGGCCUGAGUGACCUGCAAGAUGUAUGCGAUGUAGUUGCUGAGAAGUUCUGGUCAGAGAGGCAGAGUUUCAACGCAGAGCAGGGCAUUGAGCGAUGAGCGAUGAGCGAUUGGUAUGGUAGGAGAAAAAGGAGUCAGCAUUUAAUGGGAACCGGGCUGCCGUCCAAAGUGGUGUAUAGAAAGGACAUUUGUAUAUGGACAUUAUGCGAUUUCAGGGCGUUAUAUGGCAGGUUUUGACAUAGGAUC